AUGGCGAUAUCCUUGGCCGGAGAAGAUCUAGCCCGGUCACUAAGCCGGCGGCGGAGUGAAGGUGGAUCCGGUAGCCGGAAAAUGAGGUGGGCGUCGGCUAGUUUAAGGGAGGCAUGGUCGGCGCCAGACAUAUUUGAGAGAAGUGGGAAAGGAAGAAUGAACGAUGAAGAUGAUGAUGAAGAAGAUGAACUUAUGUGGGCGGCUAUUGAACGGUUGCCGACGUAUGACCGGCUGAGAAAAGGAAUUCUCCGGCGACAGGUUCUUGACGGCGGGAAGGUGGUACGUGAAGAGAUUGAUGUUUUGAAUAUGGGAAUUGAGAAUAGAAAACAUCUGAUGGAGAGUAUAUUGAGAGUUGUUGAAGAUGACAAUGAAAGAUUUCUUGGAUUACUCCGAAAUCGUACUGACAGGGUUGGCAUAGAAAUACCGAAUAUUGAAGUGCGGUUUGAGAAUUUAUCUGUAGAAGGAGAUGCAUAUGUGGGGAGCAGAGCACUUCCAACCUUACUUAACUCUACCAUCAAUUCUAUACAGGGCAUUCUUGGUUUCUUAAAACUUCUCCCAUCCAAGAGAAGAGUUGUAAAGAUUCUAAAAAACCUAAGUGGAAUCGUGAAACCUUCUCAAAUGACACUCUUACUCGGUCCACCGGGAUCAGGAAAAACGACGUUAUUACAAGCACUCGCUGGAAAAUUGGAUAAUGAUUUAAGGACAAAUGGAAAGAUCACUUAUUGUGGCCACGAAAUGUAUGAAUUUAUUCCUCAAAGAACAUGUGCUUAUAUUAGUCAACACGAUCUUCACCAAGGUGAGAUGACAGUUCGCGAAACAUUAGAUUUCGCUGGGCGUUGUUUGGGAGUAGGAACUCGAUACGAACUACUUGUUGAAUUAUCGAGAAGGGAAAAAGAGGCGGGUAUUAAGCCAGAUCAUGAGAUUGAUGCUUUCAUGAAGAACACAGCAAUGGCUGGCCAACAAUCUAGCCUUAUCACUGAUUAUGUCAUUAAGAUACUAGGAUUAGAUAUAUGUGCGGAUAUCAUGGUCGGAAAUAAAAUGAGAAGAGGUAUAUCGGGUGGGCAAAAGAAACGACUUACCACAGGAGAAAUGUUGGUCGGACCAGCAAAAGUGUUCUUCAUGGAUGAAAUAUCAACAGGGCUCGACAGCUCAACAACAUACCAAAUCACGAAAUUCAUGAGACAAAUGUCGCACAUCAUGGAUGUCACAAUGAUCAUUUCUCUUCUUCAACCCGCACCCGAGACAUUUGAACUCUUUGAUCGUGUCAUUCUUCUUUCAGAAGGCCAAAUUGUUUAUCAAGGUCCAAGAGACAAGAUUCUAGAUUUCUUCGAAACUGUGGGAUUCAAAUGUCCAGAAAGGAAAGCCAUUGCUGAUUUCAUGCAAGAGGUUACUUCUAUAAAGGAUCAAGAACAGUAUUGGUUUAAACAAGACCAACUUUACAGGUAUAUAUCUGUGCCAGAGUUUGUUGAAAGCUUCAAGAAUUUUGAAAUUGGGAAGAAGCUUGAAGAUGAACUAUCAGUUCCUUAUGAUAAAGAUAAGACUCAUCCUGCUGCAUUGGUGAAGGAAAAAUAUGGGAUUUCAAAUAAGGAGCUUUUGAAGGCGUGUUUGAAUCGAGAAUGGUUGUUGAUGAAAAGGAACUCGUUUAUUUACAUAUUUAAGACGACGCAGAUCACGAUUAUGUCUGUGAUUACAUUUACGGUGUUCCUUAGAUCGGAGAUGAAAGGUGGUGAACUUUCUGAUGGAGGGAAGUUUUAUGGGGCAUUGUUCUUCAGUUUGAUUAAUGUUAUGUUUAAUGGAAUGGCUGAACUUGGACUGACAAUUUUUAGACUACCUAUUUUUUAUAAACAGAGAGAUGCUCUGUUUUAUCCUGCUUGGGCUUUUGCUGUUCCUAUUUGGAUUCUUAGGAUUCCUCUUUCUUUAAUGGAGUCUACUAUUUGGGUUGUUCUUACUUACUAUACUAUUGGAUUUGCUCCUGCUGCUAGUAGGUUUUUUCGUCAGUUAUUGGCGUUCUUCGGUGUGCAUCAGAUGGCGUUAUCGCUCUUCCGUUUUAUUGCGGCAGUUGGAAGGACGGAAGUGGUCUCGGCCGCUCUAGCUACAAUUACAUUGCUAGUGGUUUUUGUGCUUGGAGGAUUUAUAAUUGCCAAAGAUGCAAUUGAACCAUGGAUGAUAUGGGGAUAUUACAUUUCUCCAAUGACAUAUGGACAAAAUGCUAUAGCAAUGAAUGAAUUUCUUGACAAGAGAUGGAGCAAGCCCGUUAAUGACACCAACUUUCUCGGAGAAACAGUUGGAAGGGUUCUUCUUAAGUCGAGAGGAAUGUGGCUUGAUGAUUACAUGUAUUGGGUCUGUGUUGUUGCUCUAUUCGGGUUUUCUGUUCUUUUCAAUAUCUUGUUCGUAGUUGCCCUUACUUAUUUGAAUGCUUUUAAAGAUUCCAAAUCCAUUCUUGUUGACAUGGACAAGAAAAGUAACAAAAGUAAGGAUCCUGAUCGUGAUCAUGAUCGUGAUGGAACAAAUAGUUCGCCGGCGACUGCCGCCGAUGGAAGAAAGGGAAUGGUGCUGCCUUUCCGGCCAUUAUCUCUCGUUUUCGAUCACGUUAAUUACUACGUGAACAUGCCCGCCGAAAUGAAGAGUCAAGGAAUUGAGGAAACUAGACUCCAAUUGUUACGAGAUGUAAGCGGAGCUUUCCGGCCCGGUGUUCUGACCGCAUUAGUCGGCGUGAGUGGAGCAGGAAAGACGACGCUAAUGGAUGUGCUCGCUGGAAGAAAGACGGAGGGUUUUAUACAAGGAAAUAUAAUCGUCUCCGGUUACAAAAAGAAUCAAUCGACAUUCGCUAGAGUGAGUGGCUAUUGCGAGCAGAACGAUAUUCAUUCUCCUCAUGUUACAGUUUACGAAUCUCUCGUCUUCUCCGCUUGGUUACGACUUUCAAUGGAAGUUAACAUUCAAACACGAAAGAUGUUUGUUGAGGAAGUAAUGGAGCUGGUGGAGUUGAGUCCUUUAAGGGAUUCAUUAGUUGGUCUUCCUGGAAUAGAUGGUCUGUCCACAGAACAGAGGAAACGUUUGACAAUAGCGGUUGAAUUGGUUGCUAAUCCAUCCAUCAUCUUCAUGGACGAACCCACGUCUGGUCUUGACGCUAGAGCCGCCGCAAUUGUGAUGCGAACAGUGAGGAACACAGUCGACACUGGAAGAACUGUUGUCUGCACCAUUCAUCAACCGAGCAUCGACAUUUUCGAAUCUUUUGAUGAGCUCUUGUUGAUGAAAAGAGGAGGACAAAUCAUUUACAACGGACCUCUUGGCCGCCACUCUUGCCAUUUGGUAGAAUACUUCGAGUCUAUUCCAGAGGUAACAAAGAUAAAAACAGGUCAAAAUCCGGCUACGUGGAUGCUGGAGAUAACCUCUUCGAGCGUUGAGUCUCAAUUAAGCCUCGAUUUCGCAGAGAUUUAUGAGAAAUCAGACUUGUAUAGGAGGAAUGAACAAGCUAUGGAGGAACUAAGCAAGCCAGCAGCAGCAACUGGUUCAGAAGAACUGUAUUUCCCAAGUAAAUACUCACAGUCAUUCUUGACUCAAUGCAUUGCUUGCUUCUGGAAACAACACUGGUCUUACUGGAGGAAUCCUAAGUACAAUUGCAUUCGUUUUUUCAUGACUAUAUUCAUCGGUCUUCUGUUUGGACUUAUUUUCUGGAAGAAAGGAGAGAAGACGGAUCAACAACAAGAUCUGGUGAAUUUGGUGGGAGCAAUGUACAUUGCGGUUAUGUUUCUUGGAGGAACAAACACACACGCAGUGCAGAAUGUUGUGUCGGUUGAGAGGACAGUCUUCUAUCGCGAAAGAGCUGCUGGGAUGUAUUCGGCUCUGCCUUAUGCCUUUGCUCAGGUUUGGAUAGAGGUGAUUUAUGUUGCGAUUCAGACAUUAUCGUAUAGUUUGAUACUAUACUCGAUGAUAGGAUUCAAAUGGGAAGUUGGAAAAUUCUUAUGGUUUUAUUACUAUGUGGCAAUGUGUUUUAUCUACUUCACAUUGUAUGGGAUGAUGCUUGUUGCCCUGACUCCUAAUUAUCAAAUUGCUGCCAUCACAAUGUCGUUCUUCCUUAGCUUCUGGAAUUUGUUUUCGGGGUUCCUCAUCCCCAGAACACAAAUUCCAAUAUGGUGGAGAUGGUAUUAUUGGGCAUCUCCGGUGGCAUGGACGAUAUAUGGGAUGAUUACGUCUCAAAUUGGGGAGAAGGAGAGUGAAGUUUCAAUUCCGGGAGGUGGGAAGAUGAAAGUGAAGGAAUAUUUGGAGGAAUUCAUGGGGUUUAAAUACAGUUUUCUAACUCCAGUUGCAUUGGCUCAUAUUGCCUGGGUACUUCUCUUCUUCUUUGUCUUUGCAUAUGGCAUCAAGUUUCUUAAUUUCCAAAGGAGGUAAAUUGUUAGCUUAGAUUUUUACUUUAAUCUCUAAAGCCUUUUAUUUUUGUAUAUUUGUAUGACAAUCAAUGAAUAUGUUAUAAUAUCUAUAUUCCUACCAUAUUAUUGGUUGGAUAGAUUAUGUUUGAAUUUGAAUAUUUCUAAUAAAUAGAUAUUUAAAUG